UUAUCACCAUUUCUCUCCCCACGAGCUGCCAAGCUGACAGAGGAGAGGAAAGACUGUAAUCGGCAUUCCUCGGAAGGGACAUGUACACAGCACUAAUGCUCAGUGUGCCCUGAUGAUCUGUGUAGCCCCAGCAGCGCCACCUGUCAGUGUCCAUCAGUGCCAGCUCUCAGUGCUCAUCCAUGCCACCUGCCAGUGCCACAUCAGUGUCACAUUUCAGUGUCCAUCAGUGCCACAUCAAUGCCACAUAUCAGUGCCCAUCUGAGCUGCCUUUCAGUGUCACCCAUCAGUGCCAGUCAGUGCCACCUAUCAAUGCCAGUCAGUGCCACCUAUCAGUGCUGCCAAUCAGUGCCACCUAUCAGUGCCAGGCAGUGCCGCCUAUCAGUGCCAGCCAGUGUCGCCUAUCAGUGUGUAUCAGUGCCGCCUAUCAGUGCCCGUCAUUGCUGCCUAUCAGUGCCGCCUAACAGUGCCACCUAUCAGUGUCAGUCAGUGCCGCCUAUCAGUGCCACCUAUCAGUGCCGCCUAUCAGUGCCAUAUAUGAGU